GUCGCGUCGUGAGAUCUGUUUCGUUCUCGAAUAACUAUUUGUUUAGCGUGGACCGCGAAAUAAUCAGCGAACUAGAUGUAAUUCGGUGGAUUUAAAUUCCAACACUGUGUUGAGAUGACAACUUUUUGAAACAUGUGCUGAAAAAGAAGGUUUGGUCCCGCUUUGUUGGGGAAAUGUGACGAAAUGUGGAACCCUUUUGUGGGAAAUAAUGGAAUGAUUUGAUCAAGACCGUGAUACAGCUGCUCAUUAAGGUGCUCGAAGUCAAGUUGUCUCUGGAAAGAUUAACAUCGAAGUUUAACCAUGGCAAAAGAUCAGGAAUUACUUCAGGCGGUAAAAGCAAACGAUCUUAACGCAUUCAGGAAGAUAGCAGCGAAAAUAAAAGCGGCCAAAUCAAAAAAAGGUGGCAAGAAAUACAGUGUAAAUAUUCAAGAUGAAGAAGGAUUCACACCCACUCACCAUGCAUGUCUUAUAGGCAGCAGUGAAAUUGUCAUAGCACUCAUUGAGUUGGAAUGUGAUGUCAAUGCCAAAGAUAAGAAAGGAAUGACUCCCUUGCAUUUAGCUGCCUGGUCAGGAAAAGUGGAAGUAGCAAGGUUGUUGUUAGAGGCUGGAGCAGAAGUCAACAGUUGUUCACAAAAUGGAGACACACCUCUUAUUUUAGCCUGUCAGCAUGGAAACUCUGAUGUGGCUGAUGUGCUUUUAGACAGGAACUGUAGUACAAUGACAGUUAAUAACAAUGGAGAGGCAGCUUUGGACCUUGCCUGCAGAUUUGGACAUGUUCAUGUUGUUGAACUGUUGCUUAACACCAAAGAGGUGAGGAGUGCAUUGGCCACUGGUGCAGUGCGUAAAACUGAUCCACCAUUGCAUGCAGCUUCAAAGACAGGUCACGUAGAAAUAGUCAGAAUGUUAUUAGAAGCUGAUGCAGAUAUCAAUCAAGUUACCAGUAAUGGUUCAUGCUUACAUGAAGCAGCUCUCUAUGGUAAAACAGAUGUGGUCAACAUGCUCCUUGAUUGGGGUAUCAAUGCAGAUAUACGAAAUGAUGAAGGACACACGGCACUUGAUAUGGUUAAUCUUUUCACGAGUUCAAAAGCAUCAACAGCAAUUAAAAAACUGUUAAAAGACGCAGCUUCUGCAGAUAGCACUGUGUAUGCCAAAGCCGUCAGGGAUCAUUUCAACGUGAUGGACUCAACAGCCCUUCCGUUCAAGACUGGAGAAACAAUCAUCGUGCUUGAACAAAACCAGAAUGACCGAUGGAAAGGGAAAAUAAAGAGUGGAGAUAGGGAAAAUAUUGGAUACUUCCCUGCUAACUUUGUGAGGAUUACUGCCCUAAGAAGAGGCUCCAAUGCCAAGAAGUCACCGAAUCGUAAAGAAGCUGGUGUAGUACCGACGGGAUCUUACGACAUGAUCGCACUACCAUCAGUUCCACCCUCUCCUGGUUUUCAAAGAAACUCUCCUCGACUAAAAAGUUUUGGUAAAAAAGAUCACCGCUCUCGAGGUGAUCAAGACGUGGAAUCUGAUAAGGUGCUGGUGGAACCAAUUUUACCUUUCAAAGGAGUCAAAGCUCAAAAAGGAUCAGUUAAAAUGGCAGCUGAUCCAGGCCUGCAGUAUGUGGAGGUUGCGGUUGACAAACCUCCCUCGUCUCCUCCUCAGGCCUUUAUAGCGGGUAACAAAUUGAACAACAAAACGAAUUACGCUGAGGUUCGUUUACCAUCAUCAAAUGGAUUAGUGGAAGAAGUCAAUGAAAGCGAUGAGGCGCCACAGCUACCAGAUAAAGAAAAUAAAACAGCAAGUACCGCAAACGAGAUGGAAGAUAUCUGGGUUCGAAACACGUCUACUCCCCCGCCUUCUUUGCCACCUAAAAUAAGGGAACUUGCAAAAGGCGCAGCUCCUAUUGCUGCAUGCGAUUCGAUCGAGCCAGGUGCUAAAUCAGGAAGGCCUCCUGCGUCUCUGCCACAUCCCGCGGGACAAUCACGUGCAGAGGGUCCGCAUCAUGCGAGCGGUACGGGUCUUGAUACUGGUCAGCCUGCGCGGCGGGUCGCAACUCCCGAAUUGUCGCGGAAAGGAUACGAGGACAUGAGUUUAACUCCAGCGUCUGGGGGUCGAGCGACACCACCUAGUGAAGACAUAUGGAAACUUCAACCCCAUGAUAUUAGAGAACAUCCUCCGAAGCAAGGGCUUGCUUACGAGAACGUGCAACUGACGCACAGAGCGAAGCCGCCUUGUGAUAUGCAAAGCAUGUUGAUCUGUGAUGUCGACCAACCAGUGGGAGUAGGUGUGGGGGCGGACGGUUAUGUAGUUGUUAAUGGACCUUCUUCACAAACAACAAAUUCCAAAGGCUACGAAAAUGUUGCGUCAAAUGCGCCCAAACCAGUUGGACCCGAGUACGCGAACAUUUCGAAUAAAGUAGCUUACCUGGCUAUGACGGGCGGUAUGUCUGCUGACUCGACAUCAACCAGAACAAGUAAACAGGCUCCAGAUGACGACAAUGAAGACUCAGAUAAUGAUGAGGGUAAAGAUGGAAUGGAUUAUGAGCUGAUGAACAGCCGCCCUGUUCCAGUGAACCAUCAGUACGUUAAUAUCGACCGACAAGGAGACGUAGGCAGUCCCGCGCAAGCUACGGGUCAUCUCCAACUCAAGAUGCGAGACUAUAACGCGUUAUUUGACUGGCUAGAGAAGUUUAAAUUAACGAUCUACAUCGAUAAUUUUGUAAAAGGUGGAUUCGAUAUGACAAGUGUUCAUGGAAUCACAGCGGAGGAUUUGACGGCCAUAAAUGUGAAUAAAACUGGGCACAGGAAAAGAAUUAUGUCGGAGUCCGCAAAACUAGAGGAGACAACGGUGUUCCCGAAGGAAAAACCGGAGGAUAUUAUGACGUGGCUACGUCUGAUUGGUUUGGAGCAGUACAUACCUGAGUUCAUGGACGGCGGUUUCGACGACAUGGAUUUUCUUCAGGACAUGACGGUAGAGGACCUUGUGGCCAUCGGAGUCAAGAGACCAGGCCAUCAGAGGAAGAUUUGGAUGGCUGUUAACGCUCUGAAACAUGGAGAUGAAAAUGAAAACAUGCUGGAAAGCGUAGAAGAGGAAUUAAGACCGCAGGAUAGGAAAGGUUAUUUAGAGACCUGUUUAGAUGGAGAGGACUCGGGCGUGUCAACAGAUGACGUGGAGGCGUCUGAAAUGAGUACAGAGGAAAACCCAGGGAAUUCUUCUCCUUCUUCUCUUGCAACAAGAGAAAAUACUAUCGAGGAACCGUUUGUGAAGGAUUCUUUGUCAGCAGAGUCUGAAAUUCCUGCAAUAUCAGCAGUUCAGCCUGUGGUAAAGGAGGAAAAAGAAAUUGUUGAUGCAGAACGAGAUCAACAAAGAACUCCUGUUCCGGACGAACCUUGUUCUAAUGCCGAUUUGUCACAAUUGAAAGGAAAGGACAGCGUGGAAAACGAAGUGGACUCAUUGAGUUUACAUGUACAAAAUGUAAUUUCAUUUCCUGACAGUGAUGAUGACGAGCCACCUCCCCGCCCUCCCCCUCCAAUGGAGGACAUUGACUUGUGUCUACCUACCGCUGAUCUGAAUCAACAUGAAUUUGAAUUAAAUGGCCCUAGUAGGUCCGUUAAAGACUUGGUGUCUAAAGGGAAUAGUAGAGCACGUUCCUUUCCGUUAGACCCCAUUUUCCAGAGACCCAAGAAACCUGCGCCACCUCCUGUCAAACCUAAAAUUGCGAAGAAGCCGCCGCCUCCGAAAGUGCUACCCAAACCUCGAAAGGCUGCAUCCUUCACGGCAGGAUAUGGGGACAAGAGCUCGGGCGAGGAAAGCAUGGGAGACAGAUCACCAACAAAACCCACAUCACCUGAGCCCCGACGCAGCAGCACUGGUUCCAGUCCCUACAACUGGCCAACGCCUCCCUGCACUCGACAGACCGAAGGCGGAAAUGGAAGCGUACGAUCGUGCGGCAGUAGCAACAGCAGCCAUAGCUCAGUGGACUCUUUGAUCGAAGAGAUUGAAGAAAGAAAAAAGGGCUUUGAAAAACCAGGCAGGAAAAUCAGCGCUGCUGAGCGAUUGAACACAUCACAUGAGUGUACGGAUGGAGCUCGAGAGAGCCAAGCGGAUGCAGCGAGAGUAGAUAGUAACCUUAAUGAACAAAUCAAACAGAUCCUAAGAAAUCGUUCUGGGGAAGAUCUCUCAAAACCACCAAUCUCAGAAUCAUCUGAAUCAUCUUUAACUAUGCAACAUGUUGACAUAAAAACCGAAUCUUCGAACACGAAAACAAACACGAAGGAGCAGGAAUUGGCUGAAGAUCUUAUGAAGGACAUCAACAGUAUGCUGAGUGAUUUCUCUUCUGAGCUGGAUUCCAUGUUCGAUUGAGCAUCAAUUUGUAUUUUAUCAACAACAUGAUGAAAAGGAUUGUUAAGAUUUCCUAGAUACAAUGACUGAGAAGCCGUUUAACAUAUCUGAUAGUGAUGAAGAUAACAGCUUUCGAUUGGCAGUAUGUUCCACAAUGGAAACCACAAUGUAAUGAUACUAAAACACUGAUCAAAGCAAAGGAAGACGACGACAAAGUUUCUGAUGUGUUCUGGUGUCAAGUCAAUUCAUCUCAUUACUUUACUUUUGGUAUUUUGGUAGCUUGUCCCAUGCGAAAUUGAUUAUACUGUAAAGUAGUUUUGUUAUUUUUCCUAUAUUUCAAAGAAUAUAUUUUUUAUAUCAUUUAAUUCUGUUCUUGAGAGCUGCAGCUUCUUGAUAGUGCAUAUUUAUUUUUGAUAGUCUUUAAUAUAAAAUCGGUUUUUUUCUGGGUAUUUUUAUGGGUCACACGUUUUAAUUGCCAUCUUUAGCAGUUUUUUUUUUUAAUCAUCCAAAUAUUAUUAAGCCAGAAAAUUGGUUUAUUAAUCUUGCGAUUCACGUUUCAUUAGUUUGUAGCAUGUUUGGAGCAAUUUUCAAGGGAAUGCCAAAUUAGUUAUUUUCUCUUGCUGCCAUUGAUCAGAACCACAAAACUGAAACGAGGUAUUUAUAUUAUAGGAAUGUUAUCUUAUUAAAUUUUGAGCUGCAACGUUUAGUCCCUGAUUGAAAUCGAAUCCUAAGAAUCUUUGGGUGGAGCCUUUGACUUUGGUCUUAGAAAUGAAUUUUUUUUUCCGAAAUUUCAAUCAAAAGGAUCUUAAUGUGCUAAAAAUAUACCCCAAGGAAACAUGUUGUAACUGACUUUAUGUGUUAUGUUAUCGCUAGUAUUGACAUUGACUGUGACUGUAUACAAGCUCUGAUAGUCGUUCAUGAUAGGAUAUUAAAAUAGACAACAAUUUAGUACAUAUUAUAUAAACAAAUUUGAAUUGGAAGUAUUUUUUUAUUGUGCUUAGAGGCUCGAUAGGCGAAUAAGUCUUUUUUUGAUAGAAGUUAUCUAUGGUAACACAGAGGUGGUGUAAGUAUUUUGAAAGAAGUGCACCCUUCUAGAUUUCAGUACGCCAUUUACAUGCUACGAAUUCAAGUUAAAGUUAUUUUUUAACUCGAUCUGUGAAAUAAACAGAUAUAUAUGUAAAGUG